AGUUUUUCUCACAAAUCGUAGAAAAAAUCGCGUUUGUUUGUUGCAAAGGUCGUGUUUAUCGUUGGUGAAUAUGUCUCUUUUCGGAAUGAUGAAUGAUCUGGAGGAGGAUCCAAUUUUCGGCCAUCACAUGCGUUCGAUGCGCCAGAUGAACAACAUGCUGAACUCAUUAUUCUCCGACCCGUUCGGAAUGCUCGGUGGUGGAAUGGAGGCAAUAGCCGCUGGUCCUGCCUUCGGAAUGCGCCACAAUGCGCUGAUGCCAACUAUGUUCACACCGCCACCAAUGAAUCGUUUGCUUAGUAUGGGCCCCGUCGAUGGUGCAUCGUUCUGCAGCAGCAGCGUCAUUUCCAUGACAUCCGGACCGAAUGGACCGCAGGUCUAUCAGGCUACCUCGAGCACACGCACGGGUCCGGGAGGCAUCAAGGAGACGCGCAAAACGGUACAGGACAGCCGCACGGGCACGAAGAAAAUGGCCAUCGGGCAUCACAUCGGUGAGCGAGCACACAUCAUCGAGCGUGAGCAAAAUUUGAAUACGGGCGUGCAGGAAGAACGCCAAGAUUACAUCAACCUGGAUGACGAGGAAGCGGAAGACUUUGAUCGCGAGUUCCAAAAUAAGGCGCGUACCGUUUUGAACGGAUCCGGUGGUCGCCGUACGGAGCAGUUGGCGCUGCCUUCUAAUCAACCGAGCCAAUCGCAGCGAAUCCUUUCGAUUACCGAAGUGCCGGAUAACGGUUGCGAGACAUGUGGUAAUCCCAGCGACACCCCCACGUGCACAGCCUGCAGCGAAAGGGCCAGUUCCAAACACAACUCUCAGUUGCAACCAUCAAAGCAGACGCAACAGAACUCAUCAACGCCGGCUGGCGGUCGCAGCGGUGGUAAGCAUAGUACCGCAGCCAUGGGGUAUGCUGACGGAGCCCCAGUCACAUCUCGACGGUCCAUCCGCUCGCCGGCCUCGUCCCCGUUGAGCAUGUCAUCGCCAUUGAGUGGCCCCAAUCAUCACAUGGCAACAAGCGUGCACCUGCACCCGUACUACGCGACCACCAGGAAGUCCCGACCGCUGAAGGGUCCUUCUUCUUCGUCCACUGGGCACCAUCAAUAAUCACCCUCGCUGGGAAAUAGCUGAAGCUAGAAUGGAGGUUUAUUAAUAUUAUUAUUCAAUCUUAGAUUAACAUUUGCAACCGAUAACUUGGUGCAAAACAGGGACUCAAGGUCGCAUCCUAGACCGUUUCCCGCCAUUGAAGAAUUCUUUUAGCACAAAUACUGUACUUUUUCGAGGGAAAUCAGGAUCGAUUCUCUGUUCCACACCGACAUACAUAUUUCCUAGCAGAGUAGGUUGUACCCGUUAUCAGCUAAUAGAGAAAUAGUAAACGAUAAAACAAGUUGCUUUGUAUAUGUUGGGUAAACUCAGAUGAAGUCAGAUGAAGCUGAUAAUUGUUUUUUGAAUUUUGGUUUUCGAUAACGCGCGUCAACCGCAAUCACCAAGAAAGACACACAUGAUGUGUUUAUCACAACUCGACCCUGAAUCACAUCAAAUUCGUAAGCGCUACAGACGAAAAAUAUAAGAGAACUAUUAUAAGAUGGGCAAGAAGGGGAGGAUCGUGUACCAUUUCAAUUUUCUUUCGUAAGAUAUACUAUGUGUGCGUUCUUUUUAAAUUUUCUUCAACGUUAGUUAAGUUG